GCUAAAAUUACACUAAAUGAUGGUCACUGUCUCUCCUGUGCUUCUUCACACCACUCAGAAGGGAUAACUCUGAGAACAUGGUGAGGAGCCAGUUUGCAAACAAAGGAAUCAUGCCAGAGAAGGACAAAACAAUAGGAAACCAGGAAAGUAAUGAAUUACAUGAAAUAAUUAUUGCAUAGGUGAAAUAGGAAAGGCUGAAGAGAUUCAUAUGGAGAGGUAAUUCAUACCUUUUCUAUUUUAUGGGGAAAGUUGUCUUCUAAUUAGAUUAUUUUUUCCUGAAGUAAUUACUAUGCUAGUGAAAAUUGUCAGGAUCAAGCAAGUAUAUUUCUUAUUUAUUGUGUCAGUUCAGUGGGGCAGUGACACAGUGAACACAACCAGUGCAGUCAGUGUUUCAUCUCUGGUAUGGAGAGAUCCAAGUGUUAUAACAGAACUGGAAUUGAUUUUUGGGGAUGUUGGUGGGAAGGUGGAGAUGAACUCAUCAGAGUUGCUGAAGUACCACAGUGCAAUAGCCUUUCCCAUUUUGUAACACAGAUUGCCCUCUACCCCUGGCAGUGCUAAGGUCAUAGGCAGAAGCUCAAUUGUUACCCCGCAAAUUCAGGAAAGCAGUUGUAUUAUGCCUGUGCUUGUACCAUGGACAGCCUUUUUUACUGAGGUAAAGUUUAUCAUUUUGCUUAAAAAGUCACACAAACGAGAGAUGAACGCAGUCACUCAGGAGAGCAAAUAAAAGUUAAUGAAAGAAGAAUUAAUAAAAAAAUCUGAGAUUUAUAUAUCUCUUCAUUCAUUCCUUGCCAGCUGGUAUCCACACAUUCUUUCCAGAACUUCCAAAGCUCCUGCACUUCAUUCUUCCACUUUGUGUACUGGUCCAAUAUUAUUCCUCUGCUUAUCAGAUAGUAAUCAUAAUUUGUGUAUUAUUUGUCUUUUUGAAUAUUGCUUCUGGGUAUAAUACCAAAUUUGUUCAGUAAAUGAAGUUAAAUGUGUUUGAGCUGUCAGAAAUAGAAGCCAUUAUAAAAGCCUCGUAAGAAUGAUAAUGAACUGGAGGAGGUUUAUGAUUUCUCUUUUCUUUCUAAAUGACAUUUAGGUGUGUUAAACUUGAUAAAGAGGAGAUCCUGUUUGGCGGGUGCUCUGCUGUUGCAAUUUCUGAAAGCCAUGGGAAUAAGGGAGGGCAUUGCAAUUCUAUAUAUAAAGCAUCCAAGCUUGAAGAGGUGAGCUUACAAAGUGGCAGCAGAGGCGCUGCCCAUUUGGAACAAAAGAGAAUACUAAAAAAACUUCUCCAGUUAGGGCAUGCAUCAUGUUUCCAACAGUAAUAGUGCUCAUCUUCUGCAGUUUUCUGCAAUCUGCUGCUUUUGAAGGAAAUUAUUGGCCUCACUUUUUUCUCCAAAAACAGAAAGAAUCUCUUCAAAGAAUUUUGAGCAAGGAUUCCUGUUCUACCUGGGGUGGAGGGCAUUUUUCAACCUUUGAUAAAUACCAAUACGACUUCACUGGGACCUGCAACUAUAUCUUUGCAACUGUUUGUGAUGAAACCAGCCCAGACUUCAAUAUUCAGUUACGACGUGGCCUGGACAAAAAAAUCGCAAGGAUCAUUAUUGAGCUGGGACCUUCUGUGGUCAUUGUUGAGAAAGGCAGCAUUUCUGUCAGGAGUGUUGGUGUCAUUAAAUUGCCUUACACCAGCAAUGGAAUUCAAAUAGCACCCUAUGGACGCAAUGUCCGUCUGGUGGCCAAGAUGAUGGAGAUGGAGCUAGUUGUCAUGUGGAACAAUGAUGACUAUCUCAUGGUUUUGACUGAAAAAAAAUAUAUGGGAAAAACCUGUGGAAUGUGUGGAAAUUAUGAUGGUUAUGAAUUGAAUGAAUUUGUGAGUGAAGGUAAACUGCUGGAUACAUACAAAUUUGCUGCAUUACAAAAAAUGGAUGAUCCAUCAGAGAUCUGCCUGUCUGAGGAGAUAUCAAUUUCCACUAUUCCUCAUAAAAAAUACGCUGUGAUCUGCUCUCAGCUGCUUAACUUGGUGUCACCAACAUGCAGUGUGCCAAAGGAUGGGUUUGUCGUUCGUUGCCAGCUUGAUAUGCAGGACUGCAGUGAGCCAGGCCAAAACAAUUGCACUUGCUCUACACUGUCAGAGUAUUCAAGGCAAUGUGCUAUGUCACAUCAAAUGGUGUUUAACUGGAGAACUGAAAACUUCUGCUCUGUGGGAAAAUGUUCUGCUAACCAAAUCUAUGAGGAAUGUGGUUCUCCAUGUAUUAAAACCUGUUCCAACCCAGAGUACAGCUGUUCCAGCCACUGUACCUAUGGUUGCUUUUGUCCAGAAGGAGCUGUUCUUGAUGACAUCUCAAAGAAUCGAACAUGUGUUCAUAUUAACCAAUGUCCAUGUACACUGAACGGGAAAACAUAUGCUCCUGGUGAGACAAUGAAAGCAGCAUGUAGGAUCUGUAAAUGUACGAUGGGUCAAUGGAACUGCAAAGACUUGCCCUGCCCUGGAAGGUGUUCGCUGGAAGGAGGCUCCUUUGUUACCACAUUUGAUUCUAGAUCAUACAGGUUCCAUGGGGUUUGCACUUAUGUUCUUAUGAAGAGUUCCAGCCUGCCACACAAUGGAACCCUAAUGGCUGUAUAUGAAAAGUCUGGUUAUUCUCAUUCUGAGACAUCACUUAGUGCUGUAAUUUACCUGUCUUCAAAAGACAAAAUUGUGAUUUCUCAGAAUGAACUGCUUACUGAUGAUGAUGAACUUAAGCGACUACCUUACAGAUCAGGAGACAUCACUAUUUUCAGACAGUCCUCAAUGUACAUUCAAAUGCAUACAACCUUCGGGCUGGAACUUGUAGUUCAAACCUCACCUGUGUUCCAAGCCUAUGUGAAAGUUGGAUCACAAUUCAAAGGCAGAACCCUAGGUUUGUGUGGCAAUUACAAUGGAGACACUACAGAUGACUUCAUGACUAGCAUGGAUAUCACUGAAGGGACAGCCUCCCUGUUUGUAGAUUCCUGGAGGGCAGGAAAUUGCCAUCCUGCUUUAGAGAGAGAUACUGACCCUUGUGCUUUGAGUCAACUCAACAAAAUAUCUGCUGAGACUCAUUGUUCCAUUCUUACUAAGAAGGGUACAGUGUUCGAGAAAUGCCAUGCUGUGGUUAACCCUAUUUCUUUCUACAAGAGAUGUGUCUACCAAGCCUGUAAUUAUGAAGAGACCUUUCCUUAUAUUUGUUCUGCUCUGGGAUCAUAUGCACGAACAUGCAGUUCAAUGGGUUUAAUCCUUGAACACUGGAGAAACAGUGUGGACAAUUGUACCAUUACUUGUACUGGCAACCAAACAUUCAGCUACAACACUCAGGCAUGUGACAGAACAUGCUUGUCACUCUCCAACCGGGCCCUGGAAUGUCAUCCAACUGACAUCCCUAUUGAAGGCUGCCAUUGUCCUAUAGGAAUGUACUUGAACCACAAGAAUGAGUGUGUACAUAAAUCUCAUUGUCCAUGCUAUUUAGAAGACAGAAAGUACAUCUUGCCUGACCAGUCAAUAAUAACUGGUGGGAUUACCUGCUACUGCGUUAAUGGGAGGCUAAGUUGCACAGGCAAACCUCAAAAUCCUGCAGAAAGCUGCAAAGCUCCUAAGAAAUUUGUGUCAUGUUCUGACAGUUUAGAAAACAAAUACGGAGCUGCCUGUGCCCCUACCUGUCAGAUGCUGGCUACUGGAAUUGAAUGUAUACCUACUAAGUGUGAAUCAGGCUGCAUCUGUGCUGAUGGGCUAUAUGAAAAUCUCGAUGGCAGGUGUGUUCCAGCUGAGGACUGUCCAUGUGAAUAUGGUGGUCUUGCAUAUGGAAAAGGUGAACAGAUCCAAACUGAGUGCGAGAUCUGCACAUGCACAAAAGGCAAAUGGAAAUGUGCUCAGAAAUCAAAGUGUUCCUCAACCUGUAAUCUGUAUGGAGAAGGCCACAUCACCACUUUUGAUGGACAACGUUUUGUGUUUGAUGGCAACUGUGAAUACAUAUUAGCUAUGGAUGGUUGCAGUGUUAAUAGACCUGUUUCCUCUUUCAAAAUUGUUACCGAGAAUGUCAUCUGUGGGAAAACAGGGGUUACGUGCUCCAGAUCCAUCAGCAUUUACUUUGGGAAUUUGACAUUAAUACUGCGAGAUGAAACCUUCACUGUUUCUGGAGAAAACCCUGGAGUACGAUAUAAUGUGAAAAAGAAUGCUCUUCACCUGAUGUUUGAUAUCAUUAUCCCAGGAAAAUACAACAUGACCCUUAUCUGGAAUAAACACAUGAACUUCUUCAUCAAGAUCUCCAGAGAAACACAGGAAACUAUAUGUGGUUUGUGUGGGAACUAUAAUGGCAACAUGAAAGAUGAUUUUGAAACUCGAAGCAAGUAUGUGGCAUCAAAUGAACUGGAAUUUGUCAAUUCUUGGAAAGAGAAUCCUCUCUGCGGAGAUGUAUACUUUGUAGUGGACCCCUGUAGCAAGAACCCUUAUCGUAAAGCAUGGGCAGAAAAGACGUGUUCCAUCAUCAACAGCCAAGUCUUUUCUGCCUGUCACAAUAAGGUGAAUCGUAUGCCCUAUUAUGAGGCCUGCGUUCGAGACUCUUGCGGUUGUGAUAUUGGAGGGGACUGCGAAUGCAUGUGCGAUGCCAUUGCAGUAUAUGCCAUGGCAUGCUUAGAUAAAGGUAUCUGCAUUGACUGGAGGACCCCUGAGUUCUGUCCUGUCUAUUGUGAAUAUUACAAUUCUCAUCAGAAAACAGGAAGUGGUAAUGCUUACUCCUAUGGCUACAACAAUGGCAACUGCACCUGGCAUUACAGGCCUUGUAAUUGUCCAAAUCAAAACUACAAAUAUGUCAACAUUGAAGGCUGUUACAACUGCUCUCAUGAUGAAUACUUCGACUAUGAGAAGGAAAGAUGCAUGCCAUGUGGAGAGGAAAGUACUAGUGCCACACCUGAAGUAUCUUUGCCUUCAACAGGAAUAACUGUGCAGCCUGAAGUAAUAAGAAGCUCUACCACAAGUACCCUACCAACAGUACCUAGUAGUUCUUCUUCUGCAACUGCUGUAUCAACUAAGACUACAAAUCCAACAAUAACUUCAAAAAUCACAGUUCCACGAAUUUCAUCAGCAUCACCUCCUGUCACAAUAAAGUCAACAACUGAGAGUGAGGCAAGCCAAGCAACCACCCUGCACCACCAUGUCCCAGUAGUUGUCACUCAGAGAAGACCAACAAAGCCACCUCUUGUGCAACAUCUCAUCACACAGAAAACCACACCUGCUAUGUCUGCCAGCAGCACCACUGUCCCAAGAGAGGCCAGCCCCACCAGCAGCCCAGAAGUCCCACUGACAAUGAUAUCUCCAAGCCUCAGCUCUUUAUUUACCACCUCCACCUCAUCUGCUUCUAUCCCCUCCUCAGCUGUGUCCUCAACACGGUUGAGACCAUCACACCCUGCCUUCACCCACAAAAAGAUAACCAUGCCACACAUUGUGCUGCCACUGACAACACAGAAGACCACUGCCAGUGCAUCCACAAGUAUCACCUCCAAGACCUCUGUCUCCCAAGAAGCCAGACCUGCCACCAGUACAGAAGUCAUGCUGACAAGGAUAUCAACAAGUCCCAGCUCUCCACCUGCCCCCAGCACCCUGCUAAGCACCUGGUUGCCAUCGACUGCCAUGUCCACAGUCUCCUCCACCACAGAACCAACCAUCAGCCCCAAGCCUACAGCAUCCACAACUUCCACAGUUAAAACCAGCCCACUGCCUUCGCCUGCAUCUUCCCCCUUAUCAACUGUGUCCUCUACAUGGCUGAGCUCCUCACACCCCGCCUUCAUCCACAAAAAGACAACUGUGCCACACAUUUUGCCACCGCUGACCACGCAAAAGACCACUGCCAGUGCAUUCACAAGCAGCACCUCCAGGACCUCUGUCUCCAGAGAGAUCAGCCCUGCCACUGGCACAGAAGUCACACUGAAAAGAACAUCUCCAAGUCCCAGCUCUCUGCCUGCUCCCAGAACCUCACUAAGCACCCAGUUGCCAUCAGCUGCGACUUUCACAGUGUCCUCCUCCCCCUCAGCACCAACCACCAGCCCCAAGCCUACACCUACAACCCUGAAGCACAGGCCCUCUUCCACAACAACGAGUGCACCAAAAGAAUCCCCUGCACCAGAGUCAUCCACACCCUCCACAGCCAAAACCAGCCCACUGCCUUCGCCUGCAUCUUCCCCCUCCUCAACUGUGUCCUCUACGUGGCUGAGCUCCUCACACCCUGCACUCAUCCAUGAAAAGACAAGCAUGCCAUACAUUGUGCCACCACUGACUACGGAAAAGACGACUGCCACCAGCUACACCAGCAUCACCUCAAAGACCUCUGUCUCCCGAGAGGCCAAACCUGCCACCAGCACAGAAGUCAUGCUGACUAGCAUGUCUCCAAGUCCCAGCUCGUCGCCUGCCCCCAGCAGCCCCCUCAGCACCCACUGGCCAUCGGCUACCACUUCCACAGUCUUCUCCACCUCACCACCAACCACCAGCCCCAAGUCUACGCCUACGACACUGAAGCACAGGCCCUCUUCCACAACAACGAGUGCUCCAAAAGAAUCCCCUGCACCAGAGUCAUCCACACCCUCCACAGCCAAAACCAGCCCACUGCCUUCACCUGCAUCUUCCCCCUCCUCAACCGUGUCCUCUACAUGGUUGAGCUCCUCACACCCUGCAGCCUUCACCCACAAAAAGACAACCGUGUCACACGUUGUGCCACCGCUGAUCACACUUAAGACGACUGCCACCACCUCCACCAUCAGCACCUCCAGGACCUCUGUCUCCAGAGAAAUCAGCCCUGCCACCAGCACAGAAGUCACGCUGACUAGCAUGUCUCCAAGUCCCAGCUCUCCACCUGCCAUCAGCACCCUGCUAAGCACCCAGUCACCGUCAACUUCCACUUCCACAGUCUUCUCCACCUCGGCACCAACCACCAGCCCCAAGCCUACACCUACAACCCUGAAGCACAGGCCCUCUCCAACAACAACGAGUGCUCCAAAAGAAUCCCCUGCACCAGAGUCAUCCACACCCUCCACAGCCAAAACCAGCCCACUGCCUUCGCCUGCAUCUUCCCCCUCCUCAACUGUGUCCUCUACGUGGCUGAGCUCCUCACACCUUGCAGCCUUCACCCACAAAAAGACAUCCAUGCCACAUGUUGUGCCACCACUGACCACACAUAAGACGACUGCCAGCACCCCCACCAUCAGCACCUCCAGGACCUCUGUCUCCAGAGAGAUCAGCCCUGCCACCAGCACAGAAGUCACGCUGACUAGCAUGUCUCCAAGUCCCAGCUCUCCACCUGCCAUCAGCACCCUGCUAAGCACCCAGUCACCAUCAACUUCCACUUCCCCAGUCUUCUCCACCUCGGCACCAACCACCAGCCCCAAGCCUACACCUACAACCCUGAAGCACAGGCCCUCUUCCACAACAACGAGUGCUCCAAAAGAAUCCCCUGCACCAGAGUCAUCCACACCCUCCACAGCCAAAACCAGCCCAUGGCCUUCGCCUGCAUCUUCCCCCUCCUCCACCGUGUCCUCUACAUGGUUGAGCUCCUCAUACUCUGUGUUCACCCACAAAAAGACAACCGUGCCACACAUUGUGCCACCGCUGAGCACACAAAAGACGACUGCCACCACCUCCACCAUCAGCACCUCCAGGACCUCUGUCUCCAGAGAAAUCAGCCCUGCCACCAGCACAGAAGUCACGCUGACUAGCAUGUCUCCAAGUCCCAGCUCUCCAUCUGCCAUCAGCACCCUGCUAAGCACCCAGUCACCGUCAACUUCCACUUCCCCAGUCUUCUCCACCUCGGCACCAACCACCAGCCCCAAGCCUACACCUACAACCCUGAAGCACAGGCCCUCUUCCACAACAACGAGUGCUCCAAAAGAAUCCCCUGCACCAGAGUCAUCCACACCCUCCACAGCCAAAACCAGCCCAUGGCCUUCGCCUGCAUCUUCCCCCUCCUCAACCGUGUCCUCUACAUGGUUGAGCUCCUCAUACUCUGUGUUCACCCACAAAAAGACAACCGUGCCACACGUUGUGCCACCGCUGAGCACACAAAAGACGACUGCCACCACCUCCACCACCAGCACCUCCAGGACCUCUGUCUCCAGAGAGAUCAGCCCUGCCACCAGCACAGAAGUCACGCUGACUAGCAUGUCUCCAAGUCCCAGCUCUCCAUCUGCCAUCAGCACCCUGCUAAGCACCCAGUCACCGUCAACUUCCACUUCCCCAGUCUUCUCCACCUCGGCACCAACCACCAGCCCCAAGCCUACACCUACAACCCUGAAGCACAGGCCCUCUUCCACAACAACGAGUGCUCCAAAAGAAUCCCCUGCACCAGAGUCAUCCACACCCUCCACAGCCAAAACCAGCCCACUGCCUUCGCCUGCAUCUUCCCCCUCCUCAACCGUGUCCUCUACAUGGUUGAGCUCCUCAUACUCUGCAGUGUUCACCCACAAAAAGACAACCGUGCCACACGUUGUGCCACCGCUGAGCACACAAAAGACGACUGCCACCACCUCCACCAUCAGCACCUCCAGGACCUCUGUCUCCAGAGAAAUCAGCCCUGCCACCAGCACAGAAGUCACGCUGACUAGCAUGUCUCCAAGUCCCAGCUCUCCACCUGCCAUCAGCACCCUGCUAAGCACCCAGUCACCGUCAACUUCCACUUCCACAGUCUUCUCCACCUCGGCACCAACCACCAGCCCCAAGCCUACACCUACAACCCUGAAGCACAGGCCCUCUUCCACAACAACGAGUGCUCCAAAAGAAUCCCCUGCACCAGAGUCAUCCACACCCUCCACAGCCAAAACCAGCCCACUGCCUUCGCCUGCAUCUUCCCCCUCCUCAACUGUGUCCUCUACGUGGCUGAGCUCCUCACACCUUGCAGCCUUCACCCACAAAAAGACAUCCAUGCCACAUGUUGUGCCACCACUGACCACACAUAAGACGACUGCCAGCACCCCCACCAUCAGCACCUCCAGGACCUCUGUCUCCAGAGAAAUCAGCCCUGCCACCAGCACAGAAGUCACGCUGACUAGCAUGUCUCCAAGUCCCAGCUCUCCACCUGCCGUCAGCACCCUGCUAAGCACCCAGUCACCGUCAACUUCCACUUCCCCAGUCUUCUCCACCUCGGCACCAACCACCAGCCCCAAGCCUACACCUACAACCCUGAAGCACAGGCCCUCUUCCACAGCAACGAGUGCUCCAAAAGAAUCCCCUGCACCAGAGUCAUCCACACCCUCCACAGCCAAAACCAGCCCACUGCCUUCGCCUGCAUCUUCCCCCUCCUCAACCGUGUCCUCUACAUGGCCAAGCUCCUCACACCCAGUCUUUGCCCACAAAAAGACAACCGUGCCACACGUUGUUGCACCGCUGACCACACAGAAGACAACUGCCACCACCUCCACCACCAGCAUUUCCAAGACCUAUGUCUCCAAAGAGCCCAGCCCUGCCACCAGCACAGAAGUCACACCGACAAGGAUGUCUCCAAUUCCCAGCUCUCCACCUGCCACCAGCACCCCGCUAAGCACUUACCCAGUCUUCUCCACCUCAGUACCAACAACCAGGCCCAAGCCUACACCUACUACCCUAAAGCACAGGCCCUCUUCCACUACAAUGAGUGCUCCAAAAGAAUCCCCUGCACCAGAAUCAUCAACAACCUCCACAGCCAAAACCAGCCCACUGCCUUCGCCUGCAUCUUCCCCCUCCUCAACUGUGUCCUCUACAUGGCCAAGCUCCUCAAACCCCGCCUUCACCCACAAAAAGACAACCGUGCCACAUGUUGUGCCACCACUGACCAUGCAGAAGAUGACAGCUGCCACCUCUGCCAGCAGCACCUCCAAGACCUCUGUCUCCAAAGAGAUGAGACCCACUAGCAGCACAGAAGUCACACUGACAAGGACAUCUUCAAGUCCCAGCUCUCCACCUGCCCCCAGAAGCUCACUCAGCACCCAGCUGCCAUCAGCUGCCACUUCCACCAUCUCCUCCACCUCAGCUCCAACCACCAGCCCAAUGUCUACACUUACAUCCCUCACUACUUCCACAUUUAGGUCUGCUGAGAGUGCUACAUAUUUUUCCUCCCAAAAUACCACAUUUACUCCCUAUGGCAAGACUACUUCAUCAGUAAUUCCUACCAGUAUCUCUGCCAAAUCCACUCCAGUUUUGAUCCCUUCUGUUUUAUCUACAACAAUUACUUUUGCUCCCAGCGUUAUUACUACUGCUUCUACAGAGGCCUUUAAAAGGACUUCUUUGCGAACAACAACACUAACUACUACCCGCACUACAUCAUCUCCUCCUUUUACCUCUAAACUUUCAACAUCCUUGUCUUCUGUUGUACCAUUAACAGUGCCACAAGAACAUUGUAGAGAACUCAAAUAUGAAGAAAAAAUAACUUACAAAGGCUGUUCUACAAAUGUCACUUUAAGCAAAUGUGAAGGAUCAUGUCCAUCUUCAACAAAGUUGAACAUUGAGAAGAUGAUGGUCGACACAGCAUGUGGCUGCUGCAGGCCACGUCAGCUUCUUAAGCAGGAAUUCCAACUACCAUGCAAAGACCCAGAUAAUCCUGGAAAAAGGCUCAUUACAGAAAUAAUUGUAUUUAGGGGCUGUGUUUGUAACUUUGAUAGCUGCAUACACUAGCCAGACCCCCAGAUGGCCUCAGAUACCUUAUCUUUUUUUAAAUUAAAACACUGAUCGUAAUGUAAUACUUCCCACUGUGACUGCUCAUUGCUGGGAAUUCUCUUGUAUUGAUUAUACAGGAUAGCCUUGCAGCGAGGCUUCCUGAGCAGCCACCUGGAAUGUCAAUGAAGUUAACUCAUAAAUUAUUCCUAAUCAGGAGAGAGGUAAAAAGAGGGGAUGCUGGGGGGGAACCAAAACCAAACCAACAAAAAAAACCCAAAACAACAAAACCAAACCAAAUAAAACCCAAACACCCACCAAUGGAUGGGCUAAGAAUUGGGAGGGAAGAUCAUGUCAGAGACCAACUGGUCUUGCUUGGGGUGAUAUUUAACCAGAGGCUAAAAACUGGCCUAUACACUGUGCAAUAACAGAAAUUUUACUUUCAAAUAAAGUAGAAAGAAUUUAAUUGCUAACUUAUUUCUCAUUA